GAAGGAGGCUCAGGGUGUUCAUCUCCGACUUUGGCAUCAAGCCCUUGAAGAGUAUUGAGCUCGUGUGAUCACCAGAGAUGGGACGCAGGACCACGUGGCUGCUCCCAGCUCUGCUCCUUCUCUUCCACCCAGGUUCAGCUGCCAUCACGGGUCCAAAAGCAGUGAGAGGCCUGGAGCAGGGCUCGUUGACUGUGCAGUGUCGAUAUGGCCCUGGGUGGGAGACCGAUGUGAAGUGGUGGUGUCGAGGAGCUGACUGGGACCGCUGCAAGUUCGUUGUUAAAACCACUGGAUCAGAGAAGGAGGUGAAGAAGGACCGUGUGUCCAUCAAGGACAAUCAGAAAAAUCGCUCGUUCACUGUGACCAUGGAGAAGCUCAGGCUGAACGAUGCAGACACUUACUGGUGUGGGAUUGAGAGAGCUGGACCUGACCUGGGGAUCCAAGUUGAAGUGACCGUUGACCCAGGUAAGAGUAUAUGUAGAUGUGGAUGUGUCUCCUCAGGGCCUGCCCUGUCCUGGUCCCUCGGGUCUAUCUUAGGUGACUUAACUGUCAUGCAGAGGGAACUGUCACAGGUGGUAGGUGAGUCCUGAGGUCUCAUAGGACCCCCACUGGCCACUUGGGAUGGGGAGGGACAGGGCUUCCCUUAGAUGCUCUCAUGGCUCCCAGGGCCUCCUCUGGGAUGGGAUCAAGCCCUUCUUGGCACAUUAUUUUUCCCUCGGCACAAUCAGUGCCUGAGUCUCUUGCCCAAGGAGAUAAAUAUGAUGGUCCCAGUUGCAGCCCAUGGGCAAAAGGGACCCUCUUCCAUGGACCCAGAGACCCCAGUUCCUGCCAAUGCUUU